CCACAUCUACCUUGUUUUCCCUUUCCCUCUCUCAUCUUCCUUGAAAACAAUAUCAUCCCUCUCUCUCUCUCUCUUUAAUGUCCCCACAACACCAAACUCUCUCUAUCUGUCUGUGUGUUUCUCAAUCUCCUCAGCAAACUAGAAGGAAAUGGGAAGGAAAUUGCUCUUUAACUCUCUUCUCUUCUCCAAUUCUUCUUCUACUUCAUCUUCCUCUUCUCCUCCAUGUAUUUGGCCUUCUUGUAGCAAACCAAGGACUGAUUCCUUCAGAGUCUUAACCUCACCUCUCCUCACUAUCUCUAACUCACUGGAGUCUUCAGCUGAAGAAGCUUCAGAGAGCUUCUUGGCAGAGAAAUUGACGGAGAAGACUGCGGCGGAAGUAGUGUUAGAUGGGCUUCGAUCCGACAGGCUUUUCUUCGAUCCGAGUGGCGGCGAAACCAGGUCGAUAACCUCGGGCUUCGAUGGAGGAGUGGCGGUGGCAAUGGAGUCGACAGACCCUUAUAGGGACUUCAGAGCUUCUAUGGAAGAGAUGGUGGAAGCUCAUGGAGAUAGAGAGUGGGAAUGGUUACAAAACAUGCUUGUCUGGUUUUUAAGAGCAAAUGGAAAGGGGAAUCAUGGCUUAAUAGUUGGAGCUUUUCUUGAUUUGGUUGUAGGUUUUGGUGCUUCUUCUCCUUCUUUCUCUUCAGCUCCUAAUGAUAAGAACCCUCUUUGUUCAUCAUGUUCCUCUAACUCUUCAUAUAUCUUUGAGAUUGAAGAGGUAGGGGUGAAGAGAAGUGGAAAUGGGUAGUUGUUUUUUAUUCUUACUUUUAUUAUUUUGAAAAUUUAUUGUGUA